AAACAACUAGAAGUCCCAACAACUAGCGGCGAAAAUCCUGCUUCCGAUCUGUCGGAACCAGCGACUGUCGUUCUUCUGCGAUUCCCCCCGGAGACAGAAUGGUCGCAGUUGUUGAAGCUCGUCAGCUCAGCUUCCCCAAGCCGCCGCUCCUUUCCGUUCCCCUUUCUUCUCCCCACGUCACGUCUCUCCUCUUCGAACCCACCUUUUCAUCUCUAGCCCUCUCUCACUCCGAUUCCUCUUUCUCCCUCUACCAUUCCAUCUCCCCCCUCUCCCUCCCUCCCCCUUACUCUCUCCCUCCUCCCAAAACCCUCGUCCCGCCGCCGGUCUCCUCCGCGACCUUCGUCGUCCUGCGCGACGCUACCCCCAACCCUAAUUCUCUGUUCGUCGCUUCCUCGCCCCUCUCCGGCGGCUCCGCCGUCCUUCUCCGGUUCUACAUUCUAAGCCCAGACAGGAAAGCUUUCACUAGAGCCAGGGUUGUUUGCAAUCACAGUGACAUCCGAUCGGAGGAGGGGAAGUUUGGCGUUGUGUUUGGGGCCAGUCAUGGCGUAUCUGUUAAAUUGGCUGGAUCAGUCAACGUGUUUGCAAUGUACUCGAUUUCGAAUUCAAAAAUUUGGGUUUUUACAGCAAAGCUCGUAGGUUACGAGGAAGUUAAGUUGAUGAAGUGUGCUGUGAUUGAUUGCUCUGCGCCAGUGUUUUCGAUGAGUCUGUCCUUUGGGUUCCUUAUUCUUGGGGAAGAGAACGGCGUUAGGGUUCUACCUUUAAGGCCACUGAUUAAAGGAAGAGCUAAAAAAGACAAAGGCCCGAGUAAGAAGAAUGUGAUUAAUGCAUCGGAGCGAGAUGAUAAGAUGGACAAUAAAAGAGUGAAUUUGCAAAAUGGGAUUAUUAAUGGAAUGUAUGGGCUUGAAUCAAAGACACUCUUCAACAAAAGAAGCGACACUUUGAGUGGUGAAAAAGAAUUAAAAUUGCGUUCUGUUAGUCAUUUUGACAGGAAAAGUGAUCAGCAUUCACAUUCUGUAAAGUUGAGGUGUGCUAAACUGAGACAAGAUUCCAGAGAUUGGGGUGCCAGUUUCUUAGCAUUCGAGCAGGUGGACACGUUUGAAUCAGUGGAAGUGCCUAUAAGAUCGGUCAAGGCUAUAAGCAUUCAGGCCUUGUCUUUAAGCAAGUUUCUGAUAUUAGAUUCUGUGGGAAAUCUGCACAUCUUAUUCCUUGGCUAUUCUGCUCCUGGCUAUCAGAUUCAUGGUCACAUGAAACAGUUGAGUCACACAAUGAGAGUCCAGAAGAUGGCCGUUCUUCCUGAUAACUCAGCUAGAACACAUGCUGUCUGGUUGUCAGAUGGGCUCCACAGUAUAUAUGUGAUGGUUGUAAGUGACGCUGAAAGUUCUGUUAGUGAAACAGAAAACAAGGAGUCUGAUAAAAGUCUUAUACAAACUUCAGUUCCACAAGCCAUAUUCUCAAGCGAAAUAAUCCAAGAAAUUGCACCCCUGUCUGCAAAUUCAGCCAUGCUACUUGGACAAGGAAGCAUGUUUGUAUAUGGAAUCUCUUAACUGUAUGCAGUAGUUAGGGGACAUGGUGCUUUGUUCUUCAAAGUGUGAGUUUUGGUGAUCAAUUUUUCUGGGCAUAUUUGUUUUAACGGCUUGAGCUUCAUUUGCAUAUAUGCACCUGCAUAUAUAAUGAUCCAUUUGAUUCCAAUGGUGCUGAGCUGUCAAAUUCUCCAAAGGUAAGGACCUCUUGUCAUCAUGGCUGGGGGGCUAGUCUUAAAGCAAUCCAUGGAAAAAUGUUGGAGACCAAUGCGAGAGGUGGUGGUAAUCAUGUGUGGCCAACGCAAUGUUGGUGGACGGUUUUACCCAUUGGCGUUCGUCACAUUGGUACUACUCCAAGUGGUCAAGGGAUUACUUCAGCUUCUUUCCAUAAGUGUUCCUCUUCUUACCAUAUGUUGUUGGAUAAUCUGUUGUUCUAAGCCCACAGCUUGUGCUGAAAAACAAAACUAGGGAGGAUGGCUAUAUAAGGGUAGAUGGUAAUUAUCAUUUUCAGAAUAUUAAGGGAUUUUGCAGUCCUUGUAAUCUCAGAUGUACACCCAACAUCUGAUAUUUCAAGUAGCCUCGUACUCUCUUUGUCUUAAAAUUUUCUUUCCAGUUUCGUUUUUUUGAUUGUUUUGAACUUUUGAUCCUUU